GGCCGCCCCCCAUACAACAGGUGCACAUUCCUGGGCGGCUCGUCACUUCCCCUGCGCUGGCAGUCCCGGCGGCUCACAGAGCGAACUUGCUGAGUGACGGGGCUGGGCUAUGACCCUCGGGCCGCUGCUGCUGCUGCUGGGGGCUCUGGGGGCGCCGCUCGCUCCGGGCGCCCACGGCUCGGAGGCCGAAGGCCGGCUCCGCGAGAAACUUUUCUCGGGCUAUGACAGCUCGGUGCGCCCGGCACGGGAGCUGGGCGACCGCGUCCUGGUCAGCAUUGGUCUCAGCCUGGCGCAGCUCAUCAGCCUGGUGCUGAGAUCUCGGGCUGUCCUGGAUGAUGGAGGCACGUCCCCACAUCCUUUCCUGUUCUCCUGAAGCAGUGCCUGAUGGAAGUUGUAGUUUCUAUGAAGAUAGACAGCUGCACAUCUUCCCAAGGCCCAAUCUACCCAACCCAAGCAUGCCCUGGAGUUGGGGAAGAGGCUAAAUAGGAUGGAGCUGGAUAGCAAAUAAUGGGAGAUAAACCCUAGGGCCCCUGGAUCUCCUGUGUGAGUUCACUUAGAACUGGGAGGACUCUUCCAUGCGAUUUUAAGUCCCUCAUCUUGGAGAUAAAGAAACUGCAGCCCAAACAGGAGGCACAUGAUUUGUCCAAAGUCACAGAGCUGAGCCACGGAGGUGUUGGAAGGGGCUCCCCAGCUAGGUGGGCAGGCAUCUUUGGCAUCAGUGGUGGCAGUGUUAGGCAGGAACAUUCAGGAAGUGACUCAAGAAGGACAUGUGGCCCAGAGAAGAGACACACAUAUGAGGUGGCAGAAAAAAAACUUUUGAGCCACACAGCUUAUAUGCACACACGGAAGGGUCAUCAAGACUGAAGAUCAAGUCCAGAGGAAACUCUCAGUGGGUUUGGGGCAGGGCACUGGAACAUUAUCAAGGGCAGGAAAUUGCUUUCAGUAAUCUUUGCUGUCAGGGACCAGGACACUGCUGAAAUCCAGGGUGGGACCAGGAGCUAGGAUAACAGGUAGAAAGCCUAAGGAUAAGGGGACAAGCUCACAGAGCAGAGCAGUCCAUUGCUGGGCCAGGACUUCAUACAUUCCCUCUGCCCAGGGACUGUCUCCAGUGCAGGGAAGGCCUAAGUCUAUGGGCAAGAGAGUUAGGCAGGGACACACCUAGAAAAACUAGGGGCCUGAAGAGGAGGGGGCUCUUUGACUCCAGAGCUCCAUUCGGGGCACCCAAGCCUCAGGGGUUCCUAGGCCUCACUGACAAAGAAUGUUCUUCCCCUUCAGCAACCAGGGCUGGGGCUCCUGGGGUACUGAGAGCCCCAAAACUCAGCCCGGAACUGGAGAUGCAGGUUUCCAUUGAUCUGGCUGUGAUCCAGGAAGCCAGGUCAAGAGAACUGAAUGAAGACUGGGUUCCUUCUCAUGGCCUGGGGUGACAGGCAUCCCUCCAUCUCGCCUGCUCCUCAAGGGGUGGCCUCUGAGCCACCCUAAGAGAAACUGUGUUCUCUGGGCUCUCUGAGAGCUUUGAAGACGCUGGAAGAAGAUGGAAAGGGAAUGGAAAGUUCCUUUGAACUCUAGAGCAUGACUGUCCAAUAAUUUCUUCUGUGACAAUGGAAAUGUUCUGAAUCCUUUCCAAUACUGCCACUAGCCACAUAGUGCUACUGAGCACUUGAAAUGUAGACAAUGCAACUCAGUAACAGAGGUUUAAAUUUUAUUUGAUUUUAAUCAAUUUAAAUUUUAACAGCCCCAUUUGUCUAGGGUCUACUGCAUUGGACAAUGUAGUUUUAGGACCUUGAGGAUAAUGGGUUUAGCUAUGCAGCCAUAAAGACCAAGCGGGGGCUAGGGUAGUUACAGUUUUCAACAGACCCUGUCCGCGGCCAGUGUCAGGAAUGGGGCUCAGUGGAUGUCCCCAAACAACUACAGAAUACUUCUUCCAUCUCUCUUUACUGAAGCUGUCACUUUGUCCCCUCUUUAUCUAAGGUUCUCAUUAUAUAUUGAUAGCCCCACUCCUUGCUGCUCUCCCCUGAGUUGCUGGGUGUCUCCUGGCAAAGGUGCCUGGGAGAGACAGCUUCACAGUUGUCCCUGAUCACUCCUAACUCUCUCUGGCAGGCGUCAAAGAUGACAUGCCCAGCCUGGGCACCUGGUCCAGGGAAGUGGAGCUUUGAGUUGAUUUUGAGAGGCACAGACAUCUGACGAAAGGUCUGGCAGGCUGAAGGAACUGUAUCCACAGGGUGGUACACCCAGUCUUGGCUGGCUGCCUCCCAGGAGGGUGGCUGUAGCUCAAUUAGUACAGGAACCUCUGGGAGGGUUUGCAGGUCACUGCACAUCACUGGGGCCUUGGAAGAGCAGGAAUUCUGAGUGCAACAGAAGUCCAAGGUAUGUGCUGCUCUUCAUUCUUCCUCUGAGGAUGGUCCUCGAAUACAAAUGAUAUCAUCAGGGAUGGUGUUGACUUUGGGAUCUGUUGAGGGCCUUGGAAAGAGCCAGUACCUCAAACAAGCCCUGGACAUUUGUGGAGGCCAGGAUUUUGGGUAAGGCUAGAGACCUUGUGGAGGCCAGAUUCCUGGUUAAGGCCUGGAAUUUUGGAGUGACCUGAGUCUUGGGGAAGGGCUGGGCCCUUAUAGGGGCCUGGAUCUUGAUUAAUUCCUGGGCCUUUGUGGAGAUUAGGGUCUUGGGUAUGUUCUGAGUUAUGUAUACCUCGAGUCUUGGAUAAGUCUUGGAUAAGGGCUGGGCCUGGGCCCUUACAGAGCCCAGAGGUUUGGGCAAGUCCUGGGCUCUUGUUGCAUCCAGAGUCUUGGGAAAGGCCUGGACUCUUCUGCAGGCCAGACUGUUGGGUAAGGUCCAGACUUCUGAAGACUCCUGGGUCUUGGACAACAUCUGCACUCCUAUAGCCUCCAGAACCAUGAGCAUAGCCUAUGCUCUUAUGGGGGCCAGUGCUUGGGGAAGGCCUUGGCUUUUGUAGACUGCAGCCUCUUGGGUUAUGUCUAGAUUAUUAUAGACUCCAGAGUCUUGCAUAAAACCCACGCUCCUCUGAAACUGAGAAGAUUGGGUGAAUUUUAUGUUCUUCUGGAGGUCAGAGGGUUGGGGGAGACCUGGACUCAUUAGGAUACCAGCAUCUUGAGCAGGGCCUGGGCUCUUUCGUGGGCCAGAAUCUUGGGUAAGGCCUGGAGUCUUCUGAAGGCCAGCGUCUUGGGGAGGGUUAUGAUUCUUUCAGAGGUAAAAUCCUUGGUUAUGGCCGGGGUUCUUGUGGGGCCUGGAUUCUGUUGAAGGCUCAGGUUCUUUUGGAGAACUGGAUCUUGGGUAAGACCUGUUCCUAUGGAGGCCUGGAUUUUGGUUAGGGCCUGGGAUCUUGUGAGUGUUCGAGUCUGUUGAAGGGCAUGGGCUCCUUUGGAGACCAAGAUCUUGGGUAAGGCCUUGAUUCUUGCAAAUAUCAGAGAACUGUUGUUUGAUGAGAGGCUUAGAAAUGGUGGCGAACUGGGGAGGGAUGGGAGGAGACUUAGAGGCUGGAAGAGAGGUUGGGGGUUGAACUGAGGUGGAGGACUUCUGAUGGCUGGUGGACUGAGAAAGGACUAAAGGUCUAGGAGGAAUGAAAGGCAGGGAAACAGUGCAUGGUGGACGAAGAGUAGACAGUGAACUCUGGGCACUUGUUGGAGAGUAGACCAGGAACUUGGGGUACACUGGAGCCUGGGAGUCCAUGUCCCUCCUCUCAGAACUGUAGGGGAAGGCCUUGGGCUGUGAGAACUUGUCUUUGCCAUCAUCUGAGAUCUUCCAUUCCAGAUUCCUCAACCCCAUGUAGCCCAGAUGGAGCCUGACAGGGAGUUGGUACCAUCCCCAAUGUGUGGCUUUCAUGUCUCCUCCAAUGUACCAGAGCUUUGUCUCUCUUGGGGUCUGGAGGGGAUACAGAAGUCCUUUCUGGAAUACCCAGAGUUCUGAAGGCUGCACAAAUGUCAACAGUUCUGUUUUUUCCUGUGGGCAUAAUAUAUUACUUGCCCAGUAGAAACGCCAUGGUUGAAGGCAGCCAGAGUAGAGGGAAUAGGGGUUAGGAUGUGGGUGUGGGUGGAGGCAGUGACUGGAGUGUUUGACAGGGUCCUGACCUGU